AUGAACGGAAAGGACUACAAAGAAGGCUGUACAAUGAAUGGCAAGACGUACAAAGACGGCGAGGCUGUUCCGACCAAGGAUCCGUGCGAGAAUUGUACGUGCAACAACGGAGAUGUGGACUGCGACUUCACGGCAUGUGCCCCACCGCCUUGCGACGUAUCAUACACACCAGCCGCCAAGUGCUGUCCCGUGUGUAGAACGGAUUGCGUUCGAAACGGGAAGACAUACAAGGACGGUGAGAGCGUUCCAGACGACAACCCAUGCGCCACGUGCAAGUGCGCGAAGGGCGUGGUCAAGUGCGGCUACAAGGACUGCACACCUUUGACGUGCGCAGCUUUGUACAAACCAAAGGGAGAGUGUUGUGCGAAAUGCAAGGAAGGUUGUGAAAAGAACGGACAGAAGUAUGAGCACGGACAACCUGUGCCCGAUAGAGACCCUUGUAAAACGUGCCGCUGCCUCAAUGGGGAGGUUAAGUGUGACACGAUAUCCUGUCCAAAGCUGGCAUGCUACGACACGUACAAACCGGCCGGAAGGUGCUGUCCACGCUGUAAAGAAAGUUGCACGCGUGACGGCAAAACAUACGAACACGGAAAACCGGUUCCGGACGCUGACCCAUGCAGGAAUUGGACGUGCGACAACGGUAGAGUGAAAUGUGACAUCGUGGUCUGCCCGAUACUGAACUGCUACGUCACAGUCCCACAGCCAGGCAAAUGUUGUCCGAUAUGUAAAGAAUGUGAGUGA